AUGCGUCGCUUUGUUUCCAAGUUUGCUGCUGGUCUUCCGGCACGCUUUGCCUCCACGGCCCCUCCUGCGGGUGGCGCGGCUGCAAAAGCGGGUGGCGUGGCGGCGGCGGCAGCUGCAACAGCAGCUGCAGGGGCGACAGGAUCGACGGGAGGAGCAGCUGCAGCAGCAGCAGCAGCGGGAGCAACUGGAUCGGCUGCUGCCGGACAGAAGUCUUUCUUCAAAGCCACCGAGAUGAUCGGCUAUGUGCACUCGAUUGAUGGCACCAUUGCCACGCUUAUCCCGGCCCCUGGUAACCCCGGUGUGGCGUACAACACCAUCAUUCAGAUCCAGGUGAGCCCGACGACGUUUGCCGCCGGCCUGGUGUUUAACCUGGAGAAGGACGGGCGCAUCGGCAUCAUCCUUAUGGACAACAUCACGGAGGUGCAGUCCGGACAGAAGGUGAUGGCGACAGGCCAACUGCUGCACAUCCCGGUGGGCGCGGGUGUGCUCGGCAAGGUUGUGAACCCACUGGGACACGAGGUUCCCGUCGGUCUGUUCACACGCAGCCGCCCGCUGCUGGAGCAGACGGUGGGCAAGGUGGAUGCUGGCGCCCCGAACAUUGUGUCGCGCUCCCCUGUGAACUAUAAUCUGCUGACCGGCUUCAAGGCGGUCGACACCAUGAUUCCCAUCGGUCGCGGCCAGCGUGAGCUGAUCGUUGGUGAUCGACAGACUGGCAAGACGUCCAUCGCUGUCUCGACUAUCAUCAAUCAGGUCCGCAUCAACCAGCAGAUUCUGUCGAAGAACGCGGUCAUCUCCAUCUAUGUCUCCAUCGGGCAGCGUUGCUCCAACGUGGCACGCAUCCACCGUCUCCUUCAGUCGUAUGGUGCGUUGAGGUACACGACUGUCAUGGCGGCCACUGCCGCAGAACCCGCAGGUCUGCAGUACCUUGCCCCUUACGCCGGCGUGACCAUGGGCGAGUACUUCAUGAACCGCGGUCGCCACUGUCUGUGUGUGUAUGACGACCUUUCAAAGCAGGCCGUUGCGUAUCGUCAGAUCUCGCUGCUGCUGCGCCGCCCACCAGGUCGCGAGGCGUACCCCGGUGACGUCUUCUACCUCCACUCGCGUCUCCUGGAGCGUGCUGCCAUGCUUUCACCUGGCAAGGGUGGCGGCUCCGUGACGGCUCUCCCCAUUGUGGAGACGCUUUCCAAUGAUGUGACAGCAUAUAUCGUGACGAAUGUGAUUUCGAUCACUGACGGACAGAUCUACCUCGACACGAAGCUGUUCACUGGCGGCCAGCGACCUGCGGUGAACAUUGGUCUCUCUGUGUCGCGUGUCGGCUCGUCCGCGCAGAACGUGGCAAUGAAGGGUGUCGCGGGCAAGCUGAAGGGUAUCCUGGCAGAGUACCGCAAAUUGGCCGCCGACUCCGUUGGUGGGCAGCAGGUGCAGACAAUCCCCAUGAUCCGCGGUGCACGUUUCGUUGCGCUCUUCAACCAGAAGCAGCCGUCGUAUUUCAUGAGCGCAAUUGUGUCGCUGUAUGCGUGCCUGAACGGCUACCUGGAUGAUGUGAAGGUGCACUACGUGAAGUUCUACGAGUACCUUUUGGUGCACAAGGAUCUGAGCAUCAUGUAUGGCUCCGCGAAGAACAAGUUUUUCUACAUGUAUCUCCAAGAGCUGAACUACAUUAUCCGCUUCUUUACGCUGAACAGCCCGAUCCUGCACGGCGAGGUUGAGGAGAUGCUGAAGCAGCACACACAGUUAUUCCUGCAGCACUACCAGUCCAAGAUGAACGCCAUCAAGAGCGAGAAGGAAGUGAAGGCACUGAAGAACCUUCUGUAUUCUUGCAAGCGUGUGGUUUAG